AUGUUUAGUAAUCUACACGUAGUCAUCCAGAAUAAAGCGUGCCUAUCUCUACUCUUCUAUGCACCUUUGAGAAGUCACCGCGAGGAAACCGUCAGUAUUGAAAUCGAGAUUCGAGCGACAAAGAAGGCCACCAACCAGUGCAACAUACCCCUCACCUCGGGUGCAUGCCUUGCCGCAGCACCGGUGAACUCCAGUGGAGCCGUCUGUUGUACGGGUGCGGCGCUGGCAUUACUCGGCACUAAGAAGCCUGCCGCCAUAGUAACUACCGGUGCCGGCGGUGGUAGGUUCUCUGUCGCGACUGCCGGUGCGGAUGCGAUCGGUGUUGUCGAAGCGACGGAGGACGAAACCGCGAGAGGCGUUUUGGAUGCGCUCGACAAGGCUGAAGAGGCGGGGCUUGCUGAACUCGAUAUGUUGAAGGUGGGAAUGAACGAUGAAGAUGGCAAAGAAGAUGAAGUUUGCGUCGCGGAUUCAACCGAUGAUUCCAUCGACGAAGCGGGGACGACAGCCGAAGAUCGGUUGGCUGUGCUCGAAGCCACAGAUGUCGCGUUGCUCGUCAAAGCCUCUGAUGUAAGAGCAGCAGAGCUCGCAGCCUCAGCAGCUGACGACGCGCUCGCGGAAGCAGUCACUGUGAUUUCCGCGGUUACCUUAGAGGUAACAUAA